AUGUCUUCGGAGCACCCAACGAUCUUGCCAGCCGUCAACGGCGUGAACGGCACCAAUGGAUCGGCUGCAGCGCCUUCCAGGUCUGCCGCACCUGCUGCUGCUGCUGCCGCUUCAGCACACGGACCCAGCGGAACUUUUGGCGUCAAGUCUGGUCUUGCUCAGAUGCUCAAGGGAGGCGUCAUCAUGGACGUCGUCAACGCUGAGCAGGCGCGCAUUGCCGAAGAGGCAGGCGCUUGCGCCGUCAUGGCCCUGGAAAGAGUACCAGCUGACAUCCGCGUGGAAGGCGGUGUCGCCCGUAUGUCAGACCCUAAGAUGAUCAAGGAGAUCAUCGAGGCUGUCACCAUCCCCGUCAUGGCCAAGUGCCGCAUUGGUCACUUCGUCGAGGCUCAGAUUUUGCAGUCCAUCAACGUCGACUACAUUGACGAGUCCGAAGUGUUGACGCCCGCAGAUGACUAUCACCACAUCGCCAAGCACCAGUUCAAGAUUCCUUUUGUGUGCGGAUGCCGAAACCUCGGCGAGGCCUUGAGGCGCAUCUCUGAGGGCGCAGCCAUGAUCCGUACCAAGGGCGAGGCAGGCACUGGAAACGUUGUAGAGGCGGUUCACCAUCAGCGCACAGUCCAAGCAGAGAUCCGACGAGCUGCUGGUAUGAGCGAUGAGGAGCUGUACGCAUACGCCAAGGAGAUCUCCGCUCCCUACCACCUGCUCAAGGAGACCGCCCGACUGAAGCGCUUGCCAGUCGUCAACUUUGCCGCUGGAGGUGUUGCUACUCCCGCAGAUGCAGCGCUCAUGAUGCAGCUCGGCAGCGACGGUGUAUUCGUCGGUUCGGGCAUCUUCAAGGGACAGAAUCAGGCAGCUAGAGCCAAGGCCAUUGUCCAAGCUGUGGCACACUACGAUUCUCCCGAGAAGCUUGCCGAAGUCUCCACCGACCUCGGCGAGGCUAUGGUUGGCUUGACCAUCAGCGAUAACAUGAAAGGCGGCAAGCUCUCUCAGCGUGGCUGGUAA